GAAGCCGUAUUCUGAGGAAGUAGUGGUUGGUGUCAUGGGGUUCUUUCCGUUUAAAAAAAAUGGUAAAUGUUCAUAAUAAAUAUGAACAUUUAUAUAAAUAUAAUAUAAAUAGAAGUCUAAAAUGAUUUUCGAAAUCCCAUUUAGAAGAAUACGCACACCAGCAUUACCUCUGUAAACUAAAGCGUUUAAUUUGGUAAGAAAUAUGUCUACGUAUCUAUAUUACUUCCGUUCAUUUCUAAUAAUGUACAGUUUGCUACUGGCUGGUUUAACUUUUAGGGACAUAUGACACUCGGAGCCAAAUGUAAUCAUUUCAAUAACGACCCGCGAGCCGCUGCAGCCACGUCGUGUCCGAGUAUGCGGAGGUGACCGCGCGCGACCGCUCCCCGCCAGGACUCAUGGCACGGCUCAGUUUCUCCUGCCUCCUGCCGGCUUCCUGGCACUUCAGCGUGUCCCUCUUCUCCCUCGGAGUCUCACUCCGGCAGUGCCUCCUCUUCCUGGCCUGCUUCCUGCUCGUCUUCCUGGCCAUGCUGCACAUGGAGCACUGGAGAUCUGGGCACCGAGCGGGCCAGCACGACAAGUACCUGUCCAUAGUUGAGACUAUGGAGGCCACCGAUGUCGCUAAUCCCAGUCUGAAUUUUGGGGUGGUGGUGGACUGUGGCAGCAGUGGCUCACGGGUCUUUGUCUAUUACUGGCCCCCCCACAAUGGAAACCCUCACUCACUACUUGACAUCCGGCAGAUGAGAGACCACAGCCGGACCCCUGUGGUCAAGAAAAUCAAGCCAGGUAUAUCAACACUGGCCCUCACCCCUGACAAAGCCAGUGACUACCUCCAACCUCUCCUGAGCUUUGCAGCUGGACACAUCCCCAGAAAGAAGCACAAGGAAACUCCUCUCUAUAUUCUUUGCACAGCUGGCAUGAGGAUGCUUCCUGAGAGGAAAGACCAUUCCUGGCACUGUUUCCCAGCCCACAAGUUCUCAUUGAGCCAGCAGGAGGCGAUCCUCGAGGACCUGAUCACCGAUGUACCAGUUGCAUUUGAUUUCCUGUUUUCAAGCUCACAUGCAGAGGUCAUCUCUGGGAAACAAGAAGGGGUGUAUGCAUGGAUUGGUAUUAACUUUGUGCUUGGCCGCUUUGACCAUGCAGAAGAGGGAGAGGAUGCUGUGGUUAAAGUGUCACCAGGAACCCAAAACCAGCAACCAAUCAGCCGGAAGCGCACAGUAGGCAUAAUUGACAUGGGUGGGGCCUCUCUGCAGAUAGCUUACGAGGUGCCCAGUGCGAUCACCUUUACUUCACCUGAGCAGGAGGAGGCUGCAAAGAGUCUGCUGGCUGAGUUCAACCUGGGCUGUGAUGUUGAACACACUCAGCAUGUCUACCGUGUCUAUGUCACCACAUUCUUGGGCUUUGGAGGGAAUAUGGCUAGGCAACGCUACGAGGACCUCCUGGUCAACAGCAGCUACUCCAGGAGCAGGCUUACGGGAGAUCAGACUGGGAUGAGUGUGUCCACGCCAUAUCCAGAGCCCUGCCUGCCAGUGGGGCUGACUGACUCUGUGCAUAGGGGUGGGCAGACAGUGUUCCUGCGAGGUCAUGGAGACUGGCUUAAGUGCCAGGAGGUUGUAAGGCCUUUCUUGGAGGAGUCCAAUAACAACAUCUCCCUUGCGGGGGUGUAUCAGGCUCCCAUCGACUUCCACAACAGCGAGUUUUAUGGCUUCUCAGAGUUCUACUACUGCACAGAAGAUUUACUGCGCAUCGGUGGACUCUAUGACAGCACCAAGUACACCAGGGCUGCUACGGAUUACUGUGCCACCAAGUGGUCAAUCUUAAAACAGAGAUUUAAAAGCAGCCUCUACGCCCCACAGGCUGACCUCUCCAGACUGAAGUACCAGUGCUUUAAGUCUGCGUGGAUGUAUGAGGUGCUACACUCCGGUUUUAAAUUCCCCAAGGAUUACACCAGCCUGAAGACUGCACAGCUGGUCUACGACAAAGAGGUGCAGUGGACCCUAGGAGCUAUUCUCUUUAAAACACGAUUCCUGCCUCUCAGGGACCUGCAGCAGGAGGCGUUCCGGCCAAGUCAUUCCAGCUGGCUACGCUUCUCCUUUGUUUACAACCAUUACCUGUUUUUCGCUUGCAUCCUGGUGGUGCUGCUGGCCAUCUUCCUCUACAUCCUGCGUCUGCGGCGCAUCCACCAGCGAGAGCUGCGGCAGGCCGAGACUCUGGACCUGCUGUGGGUGGAGGAAGGGGAGCCUCUGACUGGCUGAGGAACCAGGGCACAAGGGGUCAUGUCUUCUUAGGAGAGAGCAGCCCAGCACUGGCUCCCUGAGCUGGCACUGCUUUGACAGGACUGUGGCCAUCUGCUGAAUAUGAUAUAAACGGAGUGGCCUCGUUGGAACAGGACGGGGGCAAUGCACACAUUUGGAAAAUAAUCCAGAAGCGAUGAAUGCCAAAUACUGAAUUUAUUGAUUCCAACUGCAGACAUAGGGAUCUCUGGUUGCACAAAGACUUAGAUUUCUUUGUACCUCCUAGAGAAGGACAGAACCAUUUGUUUUGUCCACUCUUUUACCUGCUGUUGUACAGGUGAUAAACAAAAUUCAGUUUAUUAGAUUUUAGUAGAGAUUCAUCACAGAAUAACACCCAAUAUAUUUAUAUGAAUUAUUUUUUUGAAAAAUUAUUAAUAUGAAGAAAUCAAUGUUUCAGGCAAACGAGGGAGAUCACAUUUUUCGAAUCCAAUGUGAAUUUUAAAGACUGUCUUUCAGUGCAGUUUUAUUUCAGAUGUCAACUUCUGAACACAUGACAUUGUUUCCGUUUUAUCCUUGCAGGCUUCUUUGACACCAUUCAGAUGUUUUUUUUUCUGGUCAUUACUGUUUGAUUAUUUAAAAUGUAAAUUAUGUUCUCAUGUGUUGUCCUGCACGUAGUUGACACUUGUAAAAUGUACAGUAUUUUUUAAUUCAAGGACCAAAGCCUGUGUGCAGUGAUACAAUGUAACUGGCACAGUAAAGAAAGUGCAGCUCAGCCUAGAAAGCACUGUGUACUGUGAACUGUAGCGAAUGCAAGAAUGCACAGCUUAACUGGCAGGGUUUGUAAGACAAGGAUUGAUCCUAUGUCAUGUCUUAUGAUCAGGAUGUUUACUGAUUAAAAUAAAAAAAAUUCUCAUUUG